AUGUUCAGGCUGUUGGCCGCAGCCAGGACCGGUUGGGCUGCCGCUGAGACAUGGAAACUGCUCUUCGACGUGAGAAGAAGCGAUGUUGAAAUCACCAAGGGUUUCCUUAUUGCAGCGGCGAGCAUCUCGGGAUCAAAAUUCUUUCAAGUACUCCUUGACAAGUGUGGAGACGAGAUUAGGAUCACUACUCGAGUAGUCACAGCACUGGAAAGGAAUUACUGGUAUGAGCAUGACAUAAUGAGGCUGUUGCUCCACAGGCGUGGAGCUGAAAUUGAGAUUACGAGGAAGACGAUUAUAUCUGCAACUAAGAAUACAGGAUUUGGGGAUAAGUGGAUGCAGGUCUUCGUUGACGAACGCAGAGGUGAUGUUGAUGUCAAUGGAGAGCUUCUUCAAACUAUCAUCGAGAACUCGACAUGCGGGCCCGGAACAAUAAGGGUAAGGGUACUUCUCCGUGCGAGUUGUGAUAUCAGGAUUAGCCAGGACAUGGUCAUGGCUGCUGCUAAGAAUGAGGAGACCGGGAGCAAGUGGGUGCGCGUCUCUCUCGAGGAACGUGGAGAUGAAGUUAUAAUCACCGAGAAACUGAUCAAAGCUGUUCCAGACAAUUUCUGGGAAGGGCCGAAAAUGAUGAAGCUGCUUCUGCGUGCACGCCGAGAUGAGACCAAAAUAAGCCAGGACACGAUCAUGGCCGCAGCGAAGAAUGAGCAGAUCGGAGAAUGGUUGCAGGUCUAUUUCGAGGACUCUCCAGUUGAUGUAGAGGUUAUCAAGGACUUGAUCGAUGCUGCGCUAGCGAAUAAGGUAGCGGAAGUAAGGAGUCGAACAUGCUAUUGA